CUUAUUCUUCUUCCUCUUCUCGGCUCUGGAGUCGACUACAUACCUGUGCUAGGUUUGAGCGUGACCAGCAUCUCGACAUGUCUGACCAGACUCUGAACACAACUAUACCCAGUUUCGAUCCCACCGUCUCCUAUCAGCCCAGCGGGACGUGGUCACCUGUCGGCAUCUUGAACGGGUCAACUGGAGGUCGGGCGAUGUUCGAUCAGGGUUCCCUGCCGGGUUACAUUACCUACACAUUUCCUCAACCAGCGACUGGAUUCGAAUACUGGGGUUUUCAGCGUUCUGAUCACUGGCUAAUGUCCAUAUGUUUCGAUUGCCCUCCCGGCGAUACAGGAGGUGAUCAAGUGGGGACUGGUCUCAAUAUCACGACCAAUGGCUCUGAGCCGCCGCGUCUGUUGUACAGCGUCUACAACUUGACCUACGCCAUUCACAAUGUGAGCUGCACAAAUCUGUUUGACCCGCGCACGAGUAUCAAGUUUCCCACCCCUUCUUAUGGGCAAAUGAACUUGGAUCAUUUCGUCCUUGUCAGCCCUACUACACCACCAACAUCCACGAGCACGAGCUCGACCCAACCAGACGGCACUGCAACGGCCGGAGCAGGCGGGUCCUCGUCUUCCGGCAGUCAUGUGGGUCCUAUUGUGGGCGGUGUUCUGGGAGGGAUCGCGGGCCUCGUGAUCCUGUUCUUACUGUUCUUCUUUUUCUGGUGGAGAAAGGGAAACAAUAGAGGGUCCGGAUUGUCUCAAGAUAUGAACGGCGGAUUUGAGCUCAAGUACGAGCCACCACCUGGAGAUGGGAUCAGGCCCUCUAUCGUCGUCUCUCCACAGCAACAGCCGAUCCUGGAAACAUCGCCGAUAAUGUCUCUCACGCCGUCAACAGUACUACCUACAAUAUCGCCCAUGAUUAUGCCUUUCGUGUCGCCCAUGAUGGUGGGGAUGCAAGACGCUGGGAGUUUUUUGGGACCAUCUGUAUCAAGCGGACCAAGUGAAAUUGGAGGCGAUCGUCCCCUCCCCGCGCGUGCUGGGACAGCAACAACAGCAUCCACAACCAUUCGGCCGCGAAAGAUCACCAGCGAAUUAACAGGAAGCGCUGUAACUAGGUCGGGAGAAACAGUUACUCCGUCCGUCUAUCCAGCGAGCCCUGAUGCCAAUGGACCUCCCAUUUCCCACCGCAUACCACGUCGUAGAGAUCAGGAUGCUGGAUUCCUCCAAGGAGAUGAGCUUGCGGAGGACAUUUUACCCCCUGACUACAGUGCGGCUACGGGUACGUCUAGACCACGGAACGAUUAG